AUGGAGGACAUCAAGAGCACUUUCGCCAAGUGCAAGGAACAGAAGCGCGCUGCGCUCGUUGCAUACAUCACAGCCGGUUAUCCUACAGUCGAGGAGACCGUCGAUAUUCUCCUGGGUCUCGAGAAUGGAGGCGCCGAUAUUAUCGAAUUAGGCAUUCCCUUCACAGACCCCAUUGCCGAUGGGCCUACCAUCCAGAAGGCCAACACCAAGGCUCUCGCCAAUGGCGUCACCGUCACCAUCGUGCUGCAGAUGGUCCGCACGGCCAGAAGCCGAGGCUUGAAGGCUCCUCUCCUGUUGAUGGGAUACUACAACCCUCUUCUGCGGUACGGUGAAGAGCGCAUGCUCAAGGAUUGCAAGGAAGCCGGUGUCAAUGGUUUCAUCAUGGUGGAUCUUCCUCCGGAAGAGGCGGUGCGGUUCCGAGAUCUGUGCGCCAGCAAUGGUCUGUCCUACGUCCCCCUCAUCGCUCCUGCCACCUCCGAGUCCCGCAUGAAGCUCCUCUGCAAGAUCGCCGAUUCCUUCAUCUACGUCGUCUCCCGAAUGGGUGUCACCGGUGCCACAGGGAAGCUCAGCUCGAAUCUGCCCGAGCUGCUGAAGCGCGUGCACCAGUGGUCCGGCAAUGUCCCCGCUGCCCUCGGCUUUGGCGUCAGCACCCGCGAGCACUUCUUGGAUGUGCAGGAACUCGCCGAAGGUGUCGUCAUUGGAAGUCAGAUCAUCACUACUUUGGCGCAGGCCCCUGCCGGUCAGGCGGCUAAGCAGGCCGAGGAGUACUUGUCCAGCGUCACCGGCCGCAGGCGCGAGAGAGACGCUCAGGGCGCAUUGACCCACGAGAUCAAUGUGCUGGAGGCGGUGGAGAAGGUCCAGACCCCUGCUGUCUCGCAGCCCACUGAUGUGAUCACCGAUGCCGACACCCCUGCCGGCCCUGGCCUGGCUGAUCAGAUUGAGGCUCUCAACGGCGCCGGUAACCCCGCCGCGCAGCCGUCGCGCUUCGGCGAGUUUGGUGGCCAGUACGUCCCCGAGUCUCUCAUGGACUGCUUGGCGGAACUGGAGCGGGGAUUCCAGCAGGCGUUGAAUGACCCCAAGUUCUGGGAGGAGUUCCGCUCGUACUACCCCUACAUGGGCCGACCCAGCAGCAUGCACCUGGCCAACCGUCUUACCGAGCACGUCGGAGGCGCCAACAUCUGGCUCAAGCGUGAGGAUCUCAACCACACCGGCAGUCACAAGAUCAACAACGCCCUCGGCCAGAUCCUGAUUGCCCGGCGACUGGGCAAGACCCGCAUCAUCGCCGAGACCGGUGCCGGACAGCACGGUGUCGCCACGGCGACUGUCUGCGCCAAGUUCGGCAUGAAGUGUGUCGUAUACAUGGGCGCUGAGGAUGUCCGCCGCCAGGCCCUGAAUGUCUUCCGGAUGAAGCUGCUUGGCGCCUCCGUUGUGGCCGUCGAUGCUGGCAGCCGGACCCUGCGUGAUGCCGUCAACGAGGCCCUGCGUGCCUGGGUUGUUGACCUCGACACCACCCACUACAUCAUCGGCUCCGCGAUCGGCCCCCACCCCUUCCCCACCAUCGUCCGUACCUUCCAGUCGGUGAUCGGUGAGGAGACCAAGCAGCAGAUGAAGGAGGCCAUCGGCAAGCUGCCCGACGCCGUCGUCGCCUGCGUUGGUGGCGGUAGCAACGCCGUCGGCAUGUUCUACCCAUUCGCCAAGGACACCAGCGUCAAGCUGGUCGGCGUGGAAGCCGGCGGCGACGGCAUCGACACCAACCGACACUCGGCCACCCUCUCCGGCGGCAGCAAGGGUGUGUUGCACGGUGUCCGCACCUACGUCCUGCAGGACGAGCACGGCCAGAUCUCCGAUACCCACUCCAUCUCCGCCGGCCUGGACUACCCCGGCGUCGGCCCCGAGCUCAGCUCCUGGAAGGACAGCGACCGUGCCCACUUCAUUGCCGCCACCGACGCCCAGGCCCUGAUCGGCUUCCGCACCCUGGCCCAGACGGAGGGCAUCAUCCCCGCCCUGGAAUCGUCCCACGCCGUCUGGGGCGCCAUGGAGCUGGCCAAGUCCAUGAAGACCGGCGACAUCGUCCUCAACCUCAGCGGCAGAGGAGACAAGGACGUCCAGAGCGUCGCCGACGAGCUCCCCCGUCUGGGUCCCCAGAUCGGCUGGGACCUGCGCUUCUAA